CUUUAACUCUCCUUCUUCGCUCUCCCCCCCAACCCGCUGCUGUUAUACACACCACCGCAUUCAUCCUCUCGCUGCCUCUGCUCUCCUCCCACGUUCCCUACCUCCGCUGCUCCGUCGCCCGACAGUAAUCCGCCGCAUCUGGGCCUGGUCUUUCGUUCACCGUGUCCAUUAUCCCGCCGUGUCUGCUCCCCUGAAUCCCUUCCAUCACAUCCAACCAACAACCCAGCGCUCCCUUUUCCGCACCCUGUUCGCACGCCGGUCUCGCCACUACACAGCCUCUGCCUCUGAAUCCAACACCUGCGCUUUGUACACGAAUGUCGCUCUGCAUGCUGCCGCCGAUCGCACCGCCGAAGGACUCUUCUUGAACCAGAAUAGAAACCCGAAUCCUGUGGCGCGUCGCCCUACCAUCCGUCGAUAACCCCCAACCCGCAAGCCUGCGGACCACAAAGUCGUCCGUCGCACGUUCUUCACGUCACCCUCGAAAGCAUUUCCCUCUGCACUCUACAACCGCAUCGUAUCUCGCCUUUUUGCUUUCAACCACCACGACAUCAUGGCCGACCGACCGCGGCACAUCGAUCUGGCCCAGACGCCCCCCGAUCCCCUUGCUCAACCACGCUACACCAGUCCCUUCAGCGAACUGACGCCUCCGCAAACCGGUUCUAUUCCUCCAGCCCUGUCGCCGCUCGAUGCCUUUGCCUUCCAGAGUCGACUGCUGGCCCGGAAGUUCGAGGAGGAAGCUGAGAAGGGAAGACGUCUGAGCCGAUUGCCGCAUCUGACCAUUCAGAACGAGCUCGCAAAAGCGCGACCGGCUUUCCUGCCUUCGCCCAUACGCGAACAUUCUUCGUUUGGCGAAGCAUCUCCUCAGGAGUCGACACCGCGAGGUGUGGAAGUAGUCCCGCUCGAGAGACCAAUGUCUAUGCACCCAACAAUCCAAGACAAUGGCUCUGGGUUUACCAAACCCUCGGAAAACUACCAUAAUAGACUCGACAGCGUCGACGAAGAUGAGCACGAGUCCGAGCGCAACUACUUCUCCAUGCCCCGUUCGCAUUCGCCCGAGCCCUUGGACACGACGUCAACGGCAAGCGGGAGAAAUGCGCCAGAGCCAACGUCCAUGGGUCCGCCAGCUGCGCCUGUCUACCAACUGCCAGUCCGGCCUUCGCCUUCGAGCAGCGCUGGCCUUCAACCACCCUCUCCUCCCUUCAGAUCAUACGCCAACUCUCCUAGCAUCCGAUCUGUCAUGGAAGACAUCCACUCGGAGGACAUCGAAAACCUUUCACUCACUGCCUCUGGCUCUAUUGAUUCAUUCAACAUUCCGAAGACGCCUGCCUCGCCGUUCCGACCGCAAAUGGUGCGCUCACCCUCAAUGGCAUCGGAGCGCUCGAUAAGCAGCGCUGGACUGUCUCGGCCAUCUUUGAAUUACUCGCGCCCCUUGAGCAGAUCAACCAAUCCGCUCGUGGACCAGCGGAGAGGUUUGGAAGGUCCUCACAGACAGGACUCUGGCACAAGCACGAGCACAAGGCCUUCUCUUGAAGCGCCGCAAAGACAAGAUUCGAUGGACAGUCCUCUCACUCCGCUUACGAGUGAUGAUCCGCAUACGCCGGUGAGUGUAUCAAGCGAGUUCUUCAAUCAGGAGCGGCCCAGUGUAGACGCGCCAUCAUCGUACACUUAUGCCAAGUACUCGCUGCCUCGCGGGAAGAAUAUCAAGCGCGAAUCAUUGGGAAUCGAAGAGCUGUUCAAUCGUACGUCCGCUCUGAUCAACUGGGAUGAUAACCAGGAAGAUCGUGAUGUCGUGCCUGCAAAUGGUCCAUAUGUCGGCUCAUCUUCGCCCGCCCAUGGAGACGGCUCGAAGAGCACUAGAAAACAUCGACCCGCUGACAUAACGAUUCCCCGUCCUUCAACGGAGACUCAAUCCUCGCCUCGCCAACGCAAGAAGGGGUCGGGACCAGCCUCGCCAACAACGACGAUAUCAGACGCUAGCACCAUCAAGGCUCAUAUGGUGCGCCAGCGGCACUCGAACGACCUCACGCCGGAGGAACAUCUUCAGAAGGGUAUCGAGUGCCACGAGUCGGGCUCGCUUCAAGAGUCUACUUACCACCUACGUCUUGCAGCCAAGGCCGGCUUGUCAGAUGCCAUGCUUCUCUACGCGCUCGCCUGCAGACACGGAUGGGGCAUGCGACCCAACCCUGCGGAGGCAGUCACGUGGUUGCAGAAGGCCGUGGACUCUGCACAGCUUGAAGUCGCCCAGGACGAGCAGCUUGCGAAGCAGAACAAGCCUCUCGACACCAUCACAAAGGCCAAACAUAGGGCUCAGUUUGCUCUCGGCGUUUACGAGCUUGGCAUGUCAUACAGCAAAGGCUGGGGCGUCAAGCAGGACAAAGUCUUAGCCCUGCGCUGCUUCGAAGUUGCCGGGUCUUGGGGUGAUGCCGACGCGCUAGCUGAGGCCGGUUUCUGCUACGCGGAAGGCAUAGGCACCAAGAAGGACAUGAAGAAGGCCGCUAAGCUGUACAGGCAGGCUGAGGCUAAGGGAAUGAGCAUGGCAGGUAACAGCUGGAUCCAUAAGGACAAGUACAAGGAUGACGAUGAGGCCGAGGAGGCGGGCGACCGUCGCGGCCGAUCGAACACAAUGGCUUCAUCGAACAGCAAAAAGCAACGAGAUAAAUCUCGCACUCGAAGCUUUUUCAGGAAGAAGAGCAGCGCCUCGAAUUCGUGAUAUCCCUCGCACCACACACUCCUAAUUUCUGUUCUUUUGAAUGUUCAUGCAUAGCGUUCGGCGCACUUCUCUACUGUUUGCGGAUCUUCUGAGCGCGAUAAUGUUUCAAUAUGUGUGAUGGCUUAGCCCGAAGCUUGGCCUAGUACUGGCGAAGGAAUACAGGCCACAUGUCCCUCUGGUGUAAGCAAAUUUGUGUGCACAGAUUUUUAUACGGCGUCAUCUUUAUACCCUCGUUAAGUACGCCUUUUCAUUCCUUUCGGUUGUUAAUGCUUGGGAGGUCGCUUGCUCUUAGCGGCUCGCAAUUCUUUUGUCGGUUUUGACAGGAUCGGCGCUUCAGCGUGCGUGCGUGCGUGUGCAUGUGUUCUACUCACUUGCGUUCAUGCUUGAUUGUGUACAUAGCUGUCCAGCUGACGCUCCACGUAGCGACGGCGCCUCAAAAGAAAUGAUAGAUCAUCAUCAGCCAUGGAGCUUUCAUGUGGCAUUUGCUUUGUCAGGUUACCUUUAUUUGGAUCUUGUUUUUUUUUUCUGGUAUUAUGGAGGACCAAUGUCAAGAGUGC